AGUCCCCCGACGAUUCCGACAAGGCGACAAAACGUCCAACAAACAAAACCAGGGCCCUCCCUUCCUUCCCCUGCAGCCUCAAACUAUAACACGACUGCCAAACCAAACACCGGCGAUCGGCACACUUUCACCCCGGCGAUGGCCGCCACUCCCACUACCUACUGCUCUUCUCCCGCUCUCAGCGGCUCGCUGCCUUCCGUCAGACGUUCUUCUUCCUCUGUUUUCCCCACCCGGACCUUUUUCCGCCCCGUUUUCUCCAUUGACGCACCGCUCCCGAGGUUCGCCGUCUCCGCUCACUCCCCCGACGGUGCGAGCGGGCCUGGUCCACUCAAAUCAGCGUUGGAAGCGGAUUUGGGGGAGACGGGAUCGUCCUCGUCGUCGUCUUCGGUCUCCUCGUCUAUUGAUUUUCUCACCUUCUGCCACCGUUUGAAGACCACGAAGCGGAAGGGGUGGAUUAAUCAUGGGAUUAAUGGCGCUGAAUCGAUUGCUGAUCACAUGUACCGUAUGGCUCUCAUGUCUCUGAUCGUCGGUGACAUUCCCGGAGUUAACCGAGAAAGAUGUAUAAAGAUUGCAAUCGUCCAUGAUAUUGCAGAAGCUAUUGUUGGAGAUAUAACACCAUCUGACGGUGUGCCAAAGGCAGAAAAAAGCAGACUUGAGCAGGCAGCUUUGAAAGAAAUGUGCAAAAUGCUUGGUGGAGGAAUGAGGGCUGAAGAGAUCAAAGAGCUGUGGUACGAGUAUGAAAACAAUGCUUCCUUGGAGGCUAACCUUGUCAAGGAUUUUGACAAAGUUGAGAUGAUUUUGCAAGCAUUGGAAUACGAAACUGAACAUGGGAAGGUGUUGGAUGAAUUUUUCAUUUCAACUGCAGGGAAGUUUCAGACCGACUUAGGAAAAAGUUGGGCAGCCGAGGUCAUCUCCAGAAGGAAGUCCCACUAAGGCAACUACCUUUAAGCUGAUCUUCUUAUUAUGCAUCCAGUCCUUGCUCUCAUUUCAUGGCGUGCCAAGGUUUUGGAUGCAACUCUCACAAUCACCAACUCUUUAUCAAAACUAUCGGUUGAACGAUUGAUGAUCCGUGGAACGAAAAUCAAGGCAUUCGACGUGAGUAAGGACGACAUGUGGAAAGAAAUGUGAGGGCCAUCCGACAGUAGUAAGUGUUAACAUCAGACACUCACCGGUUUUUGAAAUUCGAUGUUGUUUAACCAUUCAUCCUGUGCUAAGAUAGUAGCCGACUACUUGCCUUGUAUCGGCAUAUGAAGUUUCCUCAUCGAUGGACGAUGGCGCAUCAUGUGACCGUGUAGACCAUUUUUUUUCUUCUGAACAUGGUCGUGCUUCUUCUCAUGGUGAAGGUUGAGCAAUAAGGAAUCUAUGUUUUGAUAUUGCUGUUUAAAAUACGAGUCCCUUCCUAGUUUUACCAUCCAUUAUUUUUUCAUUGAAUGUCGAAUAAGCAUCGUUAUAGAGGGAAGUGCAGUUAUUUUC